UUUUUUUAGAACGAUACCAAACGGGCCCCUUGUCUUUUCUUUUCGUAGUUCCGCCGAAACAGUACGAAUCCCAAGGCUCACUACUUCGGAAGAGUCAAAACGUAGGCUUGAAGAGUUCAAGGUAGCAUAUCUAUCAAGGAUUGACUUCAAGGAAACUGGAACUAGCCACCAUGUGCAGUAGACGACUUGGAAUCUAGAGGAAGCUCCGAGGCGAUCCCGAGCAACUUGGGGAGAAAGCAUUUAAUGCAUGCAGAAGCGAAUCUAGUUUAACAACUCCAUUUUUUAUAUCGUGCAGUGUGAGAUUAAUAAAGAAUCUCCAUUACUUUAACCAUAAACAUAUACCCAAGUUACUUGCAACAGGAAGCGUCACACCAUCACUCAGGGCAAUGGGCUUGAAGCACCAGACCUCCAAGACCUCUCCCUCCAUUCUAACCAUCAAGUCUAUAGCUUAUCUCAUCUUUGUUCUCAUCGCUACCUACUUUCUUCUUUUAUUUGUGCCUCUGAUAGGGUCCUUCCAGGAACCAUUCUCCAGAACCCAGCAAGCAAAAUUUCAUGGUGAUCUUCUGGAUGCCCAGUUUCCAUGGAACAAACUCUGCUUUGGUCCAGCCUUUGUGAAGCUGAAGCUUGCAGUCUUCUCCAAGACUUGGCCAAUGGGUGCAGCUCCUGGGGGAAUGGAACGCCAUGCCUCAACCCUAUAUAAUGCUCUAGCAGCUAAAGGACAUGAGAUCCAUGUCUUCACCGUCCCUUCUGAUAGACAGCAUCACCUGGACAUCCAAAAUGGUGAUCUUCAUGUCCAUUUUGUGGCCAACGAACAUGGUUCUGUCAAUUGCUCCCUAGCAUUUGAGAUCUUCAACCAGGAGAACAUGGCAGGGGCAUUUGAUUAUGUCCAUACCGAGAGCGUGUCUCUUCCACAUUGGCGUGCAAAAACGGUACCUAAGGUGGCUGUUACCUGGCAUGGGAUAUGGUAUGAAAUCAUGCAUUCCAAGUUGUUCCAAGAGCUCCUCUCAGAGCCACGAGUUACACCAGGAUCAUAUACUGAACUUCACAAUUCAAUGCCAAGGCUAGUCGAUGAGAUCAGGUUCUUUCCUAGCUAUACACAACACAUAUGUAUUAGCAACAGUGCCAAAGAGGCCCUAGUUAAUGUUUAUCAGCUCCCAAGAAGAAAUGUCCAUGUCAUACUCAAUGGAGUUGACGACAAAAUGUUUGUUCAUGAUCCAGUGGCUGGAGCACAGUUUCGGAAACAAAAUGGCAUACCUGCUAAUGUGAGCAUGGUGAUAGGAGUCACAGGGCGGUUGGUGAGAGACAAAGGACACCCACUUCUCUACGAAGCAUUCUCAUCAGUAAGCAAACACCACCCUGGAGUAUUUUUACUUGUAUCUGGGUCAGGGCCUUGGGAAAAACGUUAUACAGAUUUCGGUCCUAGAGUUAAGGUGUUAGGAGAACUAGAUCCUUCACAGCUCUCUGAGUUCUACAAUGCACUCGAUGUGUUUGUGAAUCCUACCUUGAGGCCUCAAGGGCUUGAUCUGACACUGAUGGAAGCGAUGCAAUGUGGGAAGCCAGUGUUGGCAACCAAACUCCCAAGCAUCACAGGCACGGUAGUGGUGAAUGAAGACUUUGGGUACACAUUCUCUCCCAAUGUGGGUUCUUUAAUUGAGGCCUUGGAGUCAGUCAUAAGAGAUGGCCCAAUCAUUUUGCAUAGUAAAGGUAUGAUAUGCAGGGCAUAUGCACUGUCGUUGUUCACCGCAACAAAGAUGGCUGCAGCCUAUGAGCGGUUCUUCCUCUGCAUGAAAAACAAAAAUUAUUGCCAAUAUCCCCUUCCAACUGAUUGUUAGAAGUAAACAAACCCCUUGUAAUAUGUAGGUCAAUACACUAUUGUUUCAUACUACUUACACUGACACAAGGGACGUGAAGUGAAUCAACAUAUUAAAGAGGAUAUAGAUAUGUAUUUUUUGUUAUAA